AUGGCGGGGAACAAUGGCGUCGGGGAUCGACCGGAUUGGCUUCCAGACGGGAUGGACCCCAACAGUAGCUACAACUUAGAAAUCCGGAUUGUUGCUCACAAUUGUCGGACUCGGUGGUACGAGCUGAGCAAAGUUGUUGAUGCUGACCGAACUAACUUCAGAUCCCUAGUUGCUGAAGUUGUUGACAAGAAUCCUCAUGGCUAUGGAGACUUAGUUAAAGUUUUUUAUUACUGCAUGGACACUAAGGUCAACAUCCAAGUCUGUACUGACCAAGAUUUGCUUGAAAUGUUUGAAAAACAUAAGGUUUCGAAAUGCUGCUUCCUCACUUUUGCAUAUCAUAAGCCAAGUGUUGAUCCUCCUAUCAUUCCAGUUUGGGAGUUUGGUAGCAGUGACAAAUCUGUUGAUCCCCCAGUGACCCCUUCUAUUGCAUCCCCAAUCCUAGGUGAAGCAAGCAACAGUACACACGCACAAUAUGAUGAACCUGAAAUCUUAGCUAACCCAAACCCAAUCUAUGAGCAUGUGGGUGUUGAUGAUGAAGGGCUAUAUCUUGACCUUGGUCCCAACUACCCUCCACCUCCCCCAAAUCCUAAAGCUGGCAAUAAAGGAAGGGAAGCUGAGAUUUCUGAGGAUGAAAUCUGCUCUGAGUCAGAUGAGAGUUCUGAUGAUGAGUCUGAUGAAGAGAUGGUUACAGAUAGAGGCCCUGAACCUAUGCCUGAUGUCAAUUACGACAAGAAGAACCCACCUAUGGAUGUAGGCACUUUGUAUUCAAACAUGAAAGCAUUUAAGAUUGCUUUAGCUUCUCAUUCUGCUAAGCAUGAGUACCAUUACUUAGUUGAGAAGAGUGAUCCAGGGAGGUAUAGGAUGCACUGCAAAUUCAAGGAGGAGCUUGAUUGCCAAUGGAGGAUUCAUGCUUCAACUCUGAAGGAUGGUGUGACAGUUAAGGUGAAAAGGAACCCACAUCCUCAUGAUUGUCAGAGUGCUAAGAGGGUUGGUGUGUGUGUAGGGAUCACACAAGAGUGGGUCUGCAGUAAAGUGGUAGACUGGCUGAAGGAAGAUGGCAACAUUCAGAUAAAAGAAUUGAUUAGAAGAUUGAAGAAUGAGUACAAAGUUAAUGUGCCAUACAGGAGAGUGUACAAAGGUAAAAAUCUUGCCAUGGAUCAGAUUUAUGGGCCUUGGGAUAAAAGUUUUGACAAUUUAUUUAGGUUUAAGGCCCAGAUAGAGGAAUCUAGUCCUGGAUCAUUUGUUAUCAUUGAUCAUCACACAAUCAACAAUAAGAUCAGGUUUAAUAGGCUAUUCUUUGCAUUGAAAGCAUGUGUAGAUGGAUUUCUUAGAGGCUGUAGACCAUAUCUUGCAGUAGAUAGCACUUUUUUAAAUGGAAGGUUCAGAGGACAGUUGUGUGUAGCUUGUGCAGUAGAUGGACAUAACUGGAUGUACCCAGUAGCUGUUGGUGUAAUUGAUUCAGAGACUAAUGAGAAUUGGGUGUGGUUCAUGGAGAGGUUAAAAGAAGUAAUUGGAUCCCCAGAUGGACUGACCUUCUGUACAGACUGUGGCCAGGCAGUGAUGAAUGGGGUCUCUGAAGUUUUCCCUGAAGCUGAACAUAGGGAGUGCAUGUACCACUUAGUACAAAAUUUCAAGAAAAGAUUCAGUGGCAAGGUUUUUGAUGACCACUUAUGGGCUGCCUCAUAUUCAUGGAGUCCAUAUUUGUUCAACAAGCAUUAUAUAGCUAUGGCUCAAGCCAAACCUGAGGCAAUGGUGUAUCUACAUGAAAACCAUAAGAAGCUUUGGACAAGGAGCCAGUACAGGACAGGAUCAAAGGUGGACUAUGUCACCAACAAUCUAGCUGAAUCAUUCAACAAUUGGAUAAAGCCUGAAAAGGGGAAGAAUAUUGAUGAUUUACUGGACACUAUAAGAUAG